AGCCGCCGACUAAAUACAGGCCCAACAACACCCAUCUACUGACCUAAGGACUACAGACGGCCGACGCGGCGAUGCCACCUGCAGCAUAGCAUUGCAGCGCCGCGCCGCGCCGCACCGCCGACGGUGGCUCGGCCUUGAGGCCCCUGCGUCCGGGACACCCGGCGAGCGUACUCCUGCGGUCUGCGUCUCUUCCCUGCCUCGGGCCUCCGCUUCCACCUGGCGGAUCGUACUCGCAUCGCAUCCACGGCGCCGUCGGCGGCAAGCAGGUGAAGGUGACUCGGCUGGCUCGGCCUAGCGUUCUCUGACCUCGUCAUCGACGAGCGCGGCCCUUGUUCACGGCGCCAACUGCCCAGCCCUCUCCACGGCGUCCGGUACCAAGAUGAAGGUCAAGAUUCUUCAGUGGCAUGGGGUGGCUUCUUGGACAUGGAACGCCCAGGAUGAAACAUGCGGCAUAUGCAGGAUGGCAUUUGACGGCUGCUGCCCUGAUUGUAAGUUCCCUGGCGACGAUUGUCCGCUCAUCUGGGGUUCCUGCAACCACGCCUUCCAUCUUCACUGCAUACUCAAGUGGGUCAAUUCUCAGACAUCUACGCCACUUUGCCCAAUGUGCCGUAGGGAGUGGCAAUUCAAGGGCUAAUGGCGUCUGAAAUUAUAUCACCACCAGCUGGUUUCCAUGUCUCCCCUUGUAGAGAACUAGAUCUCAAAACUUUUCAAGAUCUUGGUAGUUGUCUUCAAGUACUCUGUAAUAUUUCUCUAUUACCAUAAAAUCGGAGUUGUCCUCCUUUCAUACCCUCC